GGAUACAACACGAGGACAGAGUAAGAGAGCACCGGAUAAAAAAAAAAAAGAGUAUUACAGAGGUUGGGAUUCCCAGAACCCACCCAGCUGCUCCACAGGACUAAGAUAGUUGGCGGGUAAAGGAAGGAACAUACCACUGAAGCAGACUGAAAUGUGACAAGUGCUCUUACACAACAUGUGCACACUUUAGCCAGUAGUGCCUCAUUCCAGUGUGAAACUGCUGAUUAGAGCCAUGCCAUUCUCACGAAACUUCCUGUCUGAAGAGCAGCUGCUGUGCUCCAUCUGCUUAGACGUGUUUGACAAUCCGGUGUCCACACCAUGUGGCCACAGCUUCUGCAUGACAUGCAUCGGCCACUACUGGGACUCAGUGAAGCACUGCCAGUGCCCCCUCUGCAAGCAGACCUUCAAGAGAAAGCCCGAUCUCCACAUUAAUCGAACUCUCCGUGAGAUCAUCGAACAGUUCAAGCGCAUGAAGGAAAACCCGGGGGCCUCUGGAGGGGACAGGGCAGGUAGAGAAGCUGAGGAAGGCGUAAGAAAACAAGACUCAGUGGAUGGGACAGUAAGGCCAGGCCAACUACCAGGUUAUCUUCUUGAGGAAAUGAAGCAGAGACUCGCCCGGCACAGAGCAUACAGCAUUUCUCUGGCCUCUCACAAUGAAACAGGGUCUGAACUACCUGUCACACCAAACACUGAGAGUACUAGUGACACCCAGCCACCUGGUUUUGCCAGACAGGUGUCCCUGCGAAGGUAUACCCUGAGUGGGGCGGCAGAUGCCAUGAAAGUGCCCCUUUGUCCAAAACAUCACCGUAACCUGGAGCUGUUCUGUCGAUCUGAUCUGGAGUGUGUUUGUGUUGAGUGUGGACAAACGGAACACCAGUCACAUGACAUCACAUGUGCCGAGAAAGAGUGGCAGAGUCAUAAGAUGAAGAUUGGUAUCACAGAGACUGAGAUACAGGAGAUGACCAAAGAGAGGAUGCAGAAAGUGGACGAGAUCAAACAAUCACUAGUUGAUAUGAAAAUGUUGUCAGAGCAUGAGGUGCAGCGCAGCAUGCAGCUGUUUGGAGCUUUGAUAAGCUCUCUCGAGCGCAGUCAGGCCGGGCUGCUGGAAGUGACUGAGAUAAACCGUCGCUCAGCAGAGCACCAGGCUGAGCUCAUGAUCAGAGAGCUGGAGCAGGAGAUCACAGAGCUGAGGAAGAGGGGCACAGCGCUGGCUAAACUGGCCCAGACUGAAAAUUACAUCACUGGACUGAAGGGCUACUCUGACGUCAGUGCUCCCAUGUCGAUGAAAGACUGGACGGGCGUCUCACUGACCUGUGAUCUUGGAACUAAAGCAGUUUACAGCUCUGUCUGUCAGCUAGUGGAACAGUUUAAGGAGGAGCUUCAGAAAGUACCUGCAGUCUGCCUCUCUGUGUCUGCUAGCCAAUCACUGGUGAAGUCACACCCAAAAGUGAAGAGAAUACAGGAAUAUGCAGUGGAUGUGACCCUGGACACCAACACUGCUCAUCCUCGUCUCAUCCUAUCAGAAGACAAGAAGAAGGUGUGGUGUGGUGAAAGGCACCAACAAGUUCCCAUCAACCAUGAGCGCUUCGACCGUGUAGUCUGUGUCCUGGGCUGCGAGGGAUUCACCAGUGGCCGACACUACUGGGAGGUGGAGGUGGAUGGAAAGACUGACUGGGACCUGGGAGUGGCGAGUCAUUCCUGCAACAGGAAGGGUAAGAUCACAGUCAGCCCCAGCAACGGCUACUGGUUUCUUAGCUUGCGGGACAAGAGCAACUAUGCCUUUAGGACUGAGCCUUCCACUGCCCUACCCCUCAGCCUGAGACCUCAGAAGAUAGGGCUAUUUGUGGACUACGAAAAAGGCCAGUUGUCCUUUUAUAAUGUGGACGCAAAGAUGCACAUUUACACAUUUAUGGACAACUUUUCGGAGACCAUUUAUCCAUUUUUCAGUCCCUGUACCAAUAAAACAGGCACAAAUGAUGCUCCGCUGGUGAUCACGCCUGUCCUUCUAGAUUGAACAGUGAAAUGGAAACUUUUUAUGAGCAAACAUAUGAUUCAAAAUGUUGUUUACGUUCAUUUUUUUUUGCCUUGUACAGUAAAUGAUUUAUCUGCUGCCACAUUGGCACUUCAUUUUCAUUGAUAACAUAAAGAGCUUGGAUCACUAGGAUGACCAUACUUCCAGGUUUUAGCUUGCUGUCUAUAGUCCUCAUACAUUAUAUGUACAAUGCCUGCAUGCUACUGGUUAAACUUCCUUUCAGUCAUUACCUUCAGCAAAUAUGAAAACAAUAAGAAAUCCUGCAUGGCCAGGACAUGUCCAGGAAAAAAAGGGGCCUUGGUAGCUCUACUUUCAGUACUCAAAGUCUUUUUAUACCAACAAAUAUGCUAAUUUACCUCAACAGGAGUUUUUAAUUAAUCUUCUCUUCAGGAAGGAAAGACUCAAAUAAUACAGUAGGCUAUAUGUUUCUUAAACAAGAAUGCACUCCAAUCCACUAAACAACGAAUAGCCAUUACUUUUCAGGCAUUCAAGAGAAAAUGAAUACUUUAAUACAAGACGAGUAUUAGUAAAUUCAUGUUGUUUCGUUUGUAAAUGUGCUUAAUCUACUGUUGCAGGCCUAUACAGUUAAUUUGGUCUGUUUUGAAAUGUAGCCUAAUUCUCACACACUGCACUUUAAAGUUUCUGUUAUGAUGAGUGUACUUGAACACGAUGAAAUAAACAUUACAGUGUCAGAUGGCAAGUUUCUGCAGGUAAUUUCUUGCUUUAUAACAUCCCACCCUUUCUCUCUCUCUUUCAUAUACCUUAGUAUCAAGACUGGGCCCUAUUUCCCAACAGUGGAGUGAGACUAAAGUUAUACUGCUUACUCUUACAUAAUACCAUUACAACCACCUCGUGUCUGUUAAUGACACUGUAAUCAACACUAACUGUCUUUACAUUGUUGUUUUUACAGCUCUAGGUAACUCCCAAACCAAAUCCUAACGGUAUUUUCUGUCUGUGCAUCGUUCGUGUUGCAGCAUGUCAAAAAGUAACUGUCAGAGAGAAAAUACCCGAGGGUUAACUGGAGACGGUGAGGCUGCGUUUCCUCAACGCGCCGCCAGGUGGCAGACCUACUGGUUUUAGAACUGAGUGCACUUUUUUGCUAACGUUUCCUAACGCAAACACGUGGUUACAUUCAUCUUCGCCAUCUAUCCAAACGGCCCUUUUAUGACUUAUUGGCAUAUAAAACUACAUAAUGCAAACUUCACAGAUGCUGACCUGCCAAACGAUGCCACUGCCAAUCUGUUAGACUGCUCCAUAUGGAACAUAUAAGGGAGACCAAGGAUGGUCACAACAGCAAUAGCUCAGUAUCUAUUUUUCUGUAUUUAUUAGUCGUUUUGCUGUUUAAU